GCAUUGAGUAAGAAGAAGCUUAAAAACAAGAUUUAUUACAUACAAAACUUAUUUCAUUGUGUUGGAGUUUCAGUAGUCGUAAUAUUAUUAACAAAUUUUUAACAAAAGUUUUAUUUCUUUGAUGGGAAUGAUUUGUCGAUUGUGCUUGCAAAAUUUAACUCAGGAAAAUGCGAUAUAUUUAUUUGAGUCUCCUCAUACGGAAUCUAAAUUAAUUAAACUUAUAACAAAGUACUUCCACUUGGAGGUAGCGCAAGAUGAUCCGAUAUCGACUUCAUUGUGUGAAGAUUGUGGUGAUCAUUUGGAAGAAUUCCAUAAGUUUUGGAUAUUUGUGGAUUUAAAACAGAGCUCGUUGGGCAGUGAGUUCCUUGACGUAAAAUGUAACAAAGUAGAGGAUGUUACACCGGUAUUAAUCGAUGUUACGGGAGAAAAUAUUGAUAAUCAAGAAGAAAUACUCUUGGAUUUGAAGGAUAUAUCUGUCUCACAUGACAUGAACAUCUUCGAUUUAGCAACGACCUCCGAAAGUAUAAAUGUUAAGCCAGACAUCAAAUUUGAUUUAGACGAGGAAUGUGGAAAUGUCGUAGCAGAAGAUGAUUGGAGAAAUGACAACGAGUCGAUUGAAGAUGAUAUUCCAUUGAUAAAUUUGAAGGAAAAAAUUGAAACUAUUUCAAAGUCCACAAAAAGCAAUGUAACAAGUUAUGCUCGUGUUAAGAAAAUCAAACGGAAACUUAAAAACGUGGAUUUCCGUCCAGUAAAAAACGUAUUGAGGAAAGAAGCUUCGAAACUAAAUAAUGAAAUUAUUGGUAAUUUUAUGUUGCUGAACUGUGAUAUAUGCGGUUUAUGUGUUGAGACCUAUAAUGAUCUCCGUUUACAUUUCACACAAAUCCAUAAAAGCACAGCGUUUGUAAAGUGUUGUGGUAAAACAUUCCAGAAACCAAGUUUGCUAGCAGAGCACGUUCAGUGGCAUACAAACCCCAGUAAAUUUAAAUGUGAAGAUUGCGGGAAACAAUUGAAGUCAAGUAAAUGUUUGGCAAGCCACAUUAAAAUAAUUCAUUCUAAAAAGGAAGUUAAUCACGAAACUGUUUGCUGUCAUAUUUGUUCUAAAGUAUUUCGCGGGCAAAAAUGUCUCGACAAUCAUAUACGAAAACAUGAAGACAGUAGAGUAUAUAACUGCGAAAUAUGCACGAAAAGCUUUGGAACACCACAACGCUUGCGCAAACACAAAGAGGCCAUACACGAGGAUCUUCAUCGGCACAUAUGUGACGUAUGUGGUAAAGCAUUCAAGUUUAAGCCAUCUUUUGAACGUCAUGUACUUGAGCAUCAGGGAAUUAUAGAACCACCUGUACAAUGUGAUAUUUGCGGAGAAUGGUCAAAAAAUAAACACGUCCACCGAUUACACCAGUUCAAACACAAUAAUACCGACGCAGACUGUAAGUAUUGUGGACGCAAAUGUCGCUCACGCACCGCCUUAAGAGGUCAUAUUAAUUAUAUGCACAAGAAGAAAUACGAUUUACAAUGCAGCUUUUGCGACAAAACUUUUAAAGAGAGCAGAAACCUUGAAGAGCACAUGGCUACACACACGGGAGCGCAAUUGUACUCUUGUCCACACUGCUCAAAGGAAUGCCGCUCAAAAUCUAAUAUGUACGUUCAUAUAAAACGUAUGCAUGCAAACGAAUGGAUCCAAUCCAAAAUGGCGCGUUCAAAUGAUCCAAAUUUGAAGGCAACUCAAAACAACGUAAGCUGAAAUUACCUGCUCAUUGGAAAGCUGUUCGUAUUUAAAUAAAAUAAACCGUAGCUUAUUUAAAUAUAUAGUUGAUAAAGAAUA